GACGAAGAGCUGGAACAAAAUUUACCGGAAUUUCUGAAUUCUGACGACCUGGAUGAAUACGCGGCAAAAAAGUGUGACCUUUCAUUGUCUAUGCUAUCGUCGAGCCAGCGUUCCGCCAACGCCAGUCGUUCUUUGCAACCCCAACAGGACGAUGUAUAUGUUGCUGCUCAAUACAACGCAUUGCUUCAGCUGCAGCCGCUGGGCCAUGCCAAAGCCAACCAAACCCAGGAUGGGUAUGGGAGAGAUGUCAUGGACACCGAACUUCUCGACAAAGUAACGAAUCGAAGUAACGAUUUGCGUUGGAACAAAGGUGUUGUAACAUGGGCAGACGAAUCUCCGACAGACUCAAAGUCUGGCCUCAUCUAUUCGGAGCGGCGCUUUGACGAGGUAGUCAGCCCUACCGCAAUGCUCUCUGACGCGAGGAUUCCUGAUAAGGACAAAAGAAGAAUAAACGACUGGACAGUGUGGCUCAACGACUUCAAGAGGUUCCGACAGCAAAUUCUCCCAGACGCGGUAGAUCCAGAGAACCAGCAGCGAAUACGAGUUACUGUGAUUGACACGGGCAUUGACGGGUCACACCCUUAUAUGCAGCUAAAAGGAUGGAGAAGUCAGGACGAGAAUGCUAUAACGGACGAUCAGGAUGAUCCAGUGCAUCUCUUUUGCGAUUUUGUUGAGCCGGAUUCCGCUCGUAAACAUGAACCUAUCGAUGAAGAUGGCCAUGGCACGUUCAUUGCCGGCAUUUUGCUACAAGCGGCGCCUGAUAUCGAGUUAUCCAUUGCAAGAAUCGGAGCGACGCGAGAGUCAAUAAAGAAUGACAUUCAAAUUGGCAAAAAAAUUGGGGAUGCCAUUACACAUGCCAUCGAGGAAUGGAAGACAGAGAUAAUUUCCAUAUCGUUUGGCAAUGAGGAUAUGUCAUGGGAGAUUCGCGAUGCUAUCGAGAAAGCUAUCAAACAGAAUGUUAUCGUCCUUGCUGCUGCCGGCAAUUCCGGUAACCGUAAAGGCAUUCCAUAUCCCGCCGUGGAGGAUGAUGUUUUCAAAAUCUUUGCGUCCAAAUCGAAUGGCUACGCGGCAGGCUUUAGCCCCCCGCCGAGCCACGCUCCAGAUUACAGCUACUUCAUCUAUGGCGAUGGGGUAGUAUCCACGUGGCCGUCAAGUUUGCUGGAGCAAGCGAAGAGCAACGGGCUCGAAGUCUUCCCCUACAAUUACGAAGGAGUAGAGGAGCAUUCGAAAAAUGCGAGUGGGACAUGGACCCUUCUAUCUGGUACAUCUUUCGCCACACCCCUGGCCGCAGCUUUAGUGGCUAUCAUCUAUCAGUUCCACGACGUCAACAAGUCGUCAAAGUCGCCCAUCAGGCUCAGACACGAAAACAAAAGCAACUUCAAAUCGCGUAAAGCGGUGCGUGCCAUCUUUACUCAGAUGAGUCGGACGUCUGAUAAAGCCCCGUAUAACGUUCUCGAGCCAGCAAGAGGGAAGGAUGAUAACUUCCUCUUUCGGCCACACAAGUUCACUGGACCGCACAAAGCAUCCCCUCUGAACAUCUGGGACCAAACGCCAAUUCAGUUCUUCUCAAAAAGGCUUACUGAUAUUCUCUACAUAGCUAAUGUCUGAUGUUCACUGGAUUGACUGUGUAUGUGUGUAUUGGCCAACCCUUGACUUUGCGCGAAGUACCGCGUUUCUUUCACGAUGAAAAAUG